GAUGCGAUUAUGUACAUGUGUUUCGGAAGUAAAAACCCAUAGUCACAAAACAAUUAUGAAUCAAACAGUGAAGAAACAUCAAUCUGUGUUAAUGGCAAAGUUGCUCAUUUUUUAUCUUAUGAUUGAUUUAAUGCAUUUACAUUUAAGGUCCAAGGAAUAGAAGCUAGCCAAAUUUGAAAAAGCAUAUGCAAAUAUGGUAUACUGGAGCUAGGUAAUUAUAAAAUGGGUAUAGGAUAUAUCUGAUAUGCUUGUUAGAGGUACUUUACGUAGUAAGUCGGUACUAUGCCCUUUUUGCACCGGAUAUUUUAAGAACAUACGUCAAAUAGUUGAAUGCAAACAUUACAACGUUCUUAUUUGAAUAGCGGAGGAGUGUUUUGUUUUAGUACUCAAGAGAUUGACGAGAACAUCUCAUGUCUCAAGGUGAAGUACACGUGUUAGGGUAAUGUUCUUUUAUAGAUUCUCAUUACCAACAUACUAAAAGCAAUAUCGACAUGACUUCCUUUCCCUUUUAUUUAUUUCAUUGUUAAUUAGGCAUUAUUGUAGUGUGAGUUUAUCCUACUAAAACUUAUACAGCAAAUGUUAUGUUACAUUAAUUCGUGAGAUGUAUUCGAAAACUUCAACUAGUCUCCAGGCUAGUGACAACCUUACCUAUCAAUAACUGUAUCGAUCAUAUUGUUGAUAGAUGCGUUGCUUUACUUUAUGAAAAGAAAAAGAAGGAAUACAUGAGAAGAAAGGGUAAAAUAAAAUACGAUUGUCAUGUGGCACAUCACUCUAUAGAAGAAAAUUAAUAUUCGAAGUAAAUACGAGUAAGUAUGAUGAGAUGACGUUGUCUACAUUCUUUUUAAUUGCUUGACGCCAAAUUCCCAUAAUCGUUGAGUUUCCUCUGAUCCUAUUUUCGUAAUUACGAGUGGGAUUUUUUUAAUCGCAGUGCAGGGACAAUGGCUUGCGUCAGCGCGGUCGAGGAACAGCUUCCGUUCGCUUCUUCAUGGCCCUCGGAGCUUGGCCAGCGAGUGGGAGAGCGGAGUUUGUAUAUAACGCGCCGCCGCCGACCCAUCCACAAGCAGUUACCGAUCAGCUUCACUAUGAAGGUAUUCGUGUGCUUGUUAGCAUUAGCAGUGGUCGCGAAGGCCGGAUAUAUAGGCGGCGGCGGCGGAGGCUGGUCGGGCGGUGGUGGCGGCGGCUAUGGCGGCGGCGGCGGCGGCUACGGCGGCGGCGGCGGCGGCUGGUCCGGUGGCAGCAGCGGCUGGUCAAGCGGCGGUGGUGGCGGCGGCUUCGGUGGCGGCCAUGGCGGCGGUGGACAGGUGAAAAUCAUCAAAAUCAUCACCACCGGCGGAAGUGGAGGUGGCGGUGGAUACGGCGGCGGCUAUGGCGGCGGUAGCAGCGGCUGGUCAAGCGGAGGUGGAGGCGGCGGCUGGAAGCUUGGCGGAGGCAGCAGCGGCUGGUCUAGCGGAGGCGGAGGUGGUGGCUGGAAACUUGGCGGAGGUGGAGGUGGCGGCGGCGGUGGCUGGAAACUCGGCGGAGGCAGCGGUGGUUGGUUAGGCGGUGGUAGCGGCUGGAAGAGCGGCGGCGGCGGUGGCGGUUGGUCCAGCGGCGGUGGCUCUUCGGGCUGGUGGUGAUCUUCUCUAUAGUACAAAUUCGAAUUAAUAUAUUAAAACAUAUCAACCUA